AGUGUGGGGGCCUGCGAACAUGGAGGAGCAGGAGCUGAAUGAGCUUGAAGGCGGCAUCAAGGCCUUUUUCGCCAAGCACAAGAAUGUGCGUCAGAACACGCGGAAAUUGCACGAAGAUUUGCGCACCCACGUGCUGGAGCAGAGACAAGAAAUUGAACUGCUUCAAACCAGGGACGCGGAUAAUCAGAAGGCCAUUGCGCUGCUGGAGACCCGUAUCAAGGGUUUUGAAGAUGAUAUUGCCAAACGCCCCUCAAUCGACUCCCUUUCCGCCAAGAUAGAAGUACUUGAAGCAGAGAAUGAAACUCCCAAGAAAUUCAUGAAGGAAUCCUCCGAGGAGGAGUCCAAGAAGAAAAAAGAACUCUUGGAGAAACAUGCCCAAGAGCUGUCGGAUCUCGCUGAGAAACUGAAGAAAAGUCAACAGCGUAUCCAGACCUUGGUCGCGAAAAACAAGGAGUACGAGGCGGAGGCGGAGGCCAUUGAUAAAAUGAUCUUCCCGAGCCUUGGAUUUGAGUGGACUAAGGAUGCCACUCUGAAAAGGACUGAAGCGUAUGAGGAGGCACAGAACUCUAUUGACAACCUCUUCGAGGCGUGUCACGGAGUCGCCAAGUCGCUAUCCCUGAAGAGAGUCGGAACCACGGUGAUCGAUACCAUGACCAAGCUUAUCAAGCAGGUGCCGGAACUCAUCAAGGAUUGGCAGGAGUCUUCUGCUCGCGGAGUUGCUUCCCUCGUGUUGGCGACGUGCAAGGCGCACUUCCCCACCAUGAACUUUGCUGACGUCUCGCGCGGAGCCCCCAAAGGCACCAAUAUGAGGGCCCUCCUCGCGGAGACCCAAGGGUAUGAUCGGCUCUUUGUCGGACGAGUUAACCACUCGUUUUGGUACAAUAAGCAUGAUCUUCCCGCGGGGUUCUCUGACGCGGAGGAUGAAGAUGAGGAGGACCUCCCCGAAGACGAUUUCGCUGAGGAAGGCUCCGGGUCAAGCGCGGAUCACGACGAAGAGGGCUCCGGCGAUGACUCUGGUGAUGGCUCCGCCUACGUUGCUUCUGAUGUGGAGCAAUCCUCCGAGUAGAGCCUGCGAGGCAGUUAAAAACUGAUGCAUCAUUUUGGCCCCGAAGUGGGUUUGUAAUAUAACUUUAAAUUUUUAAGUAGCUAGGGACGAAACAGCUAUGCAUGGGCGGAAAAUACUUAUCCUGCUAUCCUUUAAUAUUAUUUGCAUGUUU